GGCUACUCAGGGGGGGCGUGGCCAGGCCUUGUCUCAGGGCGGGCGGCGGCGGCGCGGGCGGUGGCGGGGCCAUGUCGUGGUCCCGGCACCAGCUGGGCCUGGCCGCCCUCAUGCUGCUCACCGGCUCCAUCAACACCCUGGCGGCCAAAUGGGCCGACAACUUCAGCGCCGUGGGCUGCGGCGGGACGGAGGAGCACAGCUUCCAGCACCCCUUCUUGCAGGCGGCGGGCAUGUUCCUGGGGGAGUUCUCCUGCCUGGGGGUCUUCUACCUGCUGCUGUGGAGGGAGCGGCGGAGGCCGGAGCCCAGCCUGGCUCCGUCGCAGCCCUUCAGCUCGCUGCUCUUCCUGCCCCCGGCGCUCUGCGACAUGACCGGGACCAGCAUCAUGUACGUGGCCCUGAACAUGACCAGCGCCUCCAGCUUCCAGAUGCUGCGAGGCUCCGUCAUCAUCUUCACCGGGCUCCUCUCCGUCGCCUUCCUGGGCCGCAGGCUGGAGCUGAGCCAGUGGCUGGGCAUCGCGGCCACCAUCGUGGGGCUGGUGCUGGUGGGGCUGGCCGACCUGCGCGGCGGCCACGGCCAGAAGCACAAGCUCAGCGAGGUGAUAACGGGUGACCUCCUCAUCGUCAUGGCGCAGGUGAUCGUGGCCAUCCAGAUGGUGCUGGAGGAGAAAUUCGUCUACAAGCACGACGUGCACCCGCUGCAGGCCGUGGGCACCGAAGGAUUUUUCGGCUUCGUCAUCCUGGCGCUGCUGCUGGUGCCCAUGUACUACAUCCCGGCGGGCAGCUUCAGCGGCAACCCGCGGCGGGCGCUGGAGGACGCCCUCGACGCCUUCUGCCAGGUUGGCCACCGGCCCCUCAUCGCCCUGGCCCUGCUGGGCAACGUCAGCAGCAUCGCCUUCUUCAACUUCGCCGGCGUCAGCGUCACCAAGGAGCUGAGCGCCACCACCCGCAUGGUGCUGGACAGCCUGCGCACCCUCGUCGUCUGGGCCGUCAGCCUGGCCGUGGGCUGGGAGAGCUUCCACGGCCUGCAGGUUUUGGGGUUCGGGGUGCUGCUGGCCGGCACCGCGCUCUACAACGGCCUGCACCGGCCCCUGCUCGCCUGCUUGCCCCGGGGCAGCGCGGCCGAGCGCGAGGGUUUGCUGCAGGGGGACCCCGGGGCCAUCAACAGCGAGAGCUGAGCCCCCCAC